AUGGCCCCUCAGGAUAGCUUCAUCGAUGACGAGGAAGAUACUUGCCCUCUUUGCAUAGAGGAGUUCGACCUUUCCGACCGAAACUUCCGUCCAUGUCCAUGCGGCUACCAGGUAGGGGAGCAUAUAUCACCAACUUGUUUCAUGGGCAUCCAACAACUAAACAUCGCUUCUGCAUCACAGAUCUGCCAAUUUUGUUUCAAUAACCUAAAGAACAACCUGAGUGGACUCUGCCCCGCCUGUCGACGGCCUUACGACGAGAAAGACAUAGAGUUCAAGGUUGUGACUCACGAAGAGGAGGCGGAAUUCCGAGCCAACAUACAGAAGAAUCAGAAGAAGCGCGCAACCGAACAACGACAGAAAGAGGUACAGAAGCGCGAGGCCGAGAAGGAGAACCGCAAAAACCUCCAGGGCGUCCGCGUCGUACAGAAGAAUCUCGUAUACGUAACCGGCUUGACACCGACCGUUCGCGAGGACGAGCUACUCAAGACACUGCGAAAACCCGAAUUCUUUGGUCAAUAUGGCAACAUACAGAAGAUUUCCAUUAGUAAUCGAAAGUCUUCUGAUGGCCAACAACAGUCACUCGGUAUCUACGUUACCUUCGAGAAGAAAGACGACGCGGCACGGUGUAUCCAGGCUGUUCACGGCUCUCAGAACGGCGAUCGUGUUUUGAAGGCACAAUUAGGAACGACUAAGUACUGCUCUGCGUGGCUUAGGCAUGAGCAGUGCGGCAAUCGCCAAUGCAUGUUCUUACAUGAGCUCGGCGACGAAGAGGAUAGUUACACCCGGCAGGAUCUCUCAUCGCUGAACAGCGUCCACACGCAGCGCCCGUUCUCUACUGCAGCUUCAUCAUCCCGGUCUGUCUCACGCCAACAGGGUUCGGCUGCGCCUUCCACAGCUACUUCGCAACCUAUGGUCCGCGCCUCUAGUAAAGAAGGGUCUGAUGUUGGUGACGGGCCCGCAUUGCCAGCAUCCGCAAAUUGGGCUCGUACUACCCAACAGCGAAGCAGACGUGGUAGUCACGCAACCAGUGGUGCGACCUCAAGCCCCGCCAUCUCGAACUCCUUGCCUGUCACUGCCGAGUCGGCUCAAGAAGCGGUUGAUAACGCCCCGGUGGCAGAAAUACCUGAUUUGACAAGUCGGAAGGCUGAGAAGCAGCCCGCGACUGACACCCCUAAUACAGCCAGUGCAACGGGUACUAGGCCUCAUGCUGAACGCAAGUCUGACAUGGAAUUCAGCGCAAUCUGGAGAAUGCUCGCUGCUUCUUCGCCUAGCGCUUUCGUACCACCGAAGGAUGCGGAAGAUUCGUAUCCGCCCUUGUUCGACGUGAAUGGAGCCGAACGAAGACGAGCUAUGCGCGAUGAAGACGAGAACCGCACGGGCGAACAUGAGGACCAAGCCGACAUCCUUGAGACUUCCGAAGGAGAACCCGAGAGCGGUAGUCUAGCCCUUGGUGGUGAACCCGAAGACCGAGACCACGGCCGUAACAGUGUCAGCUUUGAUCAGGCGAGAAGUCUAGCACAACAGCCACCGAUCCAGAGAACGAAAGCUUUUGCCAACGAUCUGUUUGGACCAUCACUUACAGGAUUCGGGCAAGGUGCUGCUGCUGCCGCUUCUGUCGGCUCUAUCGGCAGCCGGACAAUGACAACGCAGCAACAGCCGGGUAUACGAGGGCAGGGCGGUUUUGCGGAACAGAUGCUGCCACCAGGAAUAGCGACUCAGCAAUCCGGCCUUUUCCAAGGACAAGGUGGUCACACCCGUCAGCAAUCCAGGUUCAGUUUUGCGAAUGAGAACAGCUCGAGUUCGGUCAACGUCAAGACUAGUGAAAAUCCGAGAUACAUGGCUCAGCAGUCAGCCAUGAUGCCUUCAACAUUCCGUUCUCAACCCUACACCUCGGUACCGGGGCCUCCGCCUGGUCUGAAGUCGACUGGUACACCCCCUGUCGGUGGUAGCAUGUUUGGUGGACUGCCUUUCGCGCAAAUGCCGCUCGCCACCGCAACUUCCAAAGAGAACACAGAGCUACUUUUGCAGUCUAUGCUUCGAGGAAGGGGUGCGGGCAGUAGCCACGCCCACGACGCAGGAAAGCGUGAGUUCUUUUCUAAUUCUUUUCAAAACCAGUAUCCACCAUCCACCUCCUCCACCACUGCUCCUGUUUCGGCUCUCGGCCUCCUGGCCUCGCUCUAUGCUUCUCAGCCUGGAGCUUUCCCGGACUACGGACCCAAGCAGAAGAAGAAGGGGAAGAAGCACAGGCACGCUAACACUUCCUCCUCUGGGGGAGGUGCCUUAGUAGUAGAUCUUGCGGACCCGAGUAUCCUGCAGGCGAGAAUGCAUCAUCAGCAGCAACAGGGGAACAUCUUUGGUGGCCAGACUCAAGGUGGGUACAAUCCCAACACAAUGUACGGUGGUGGCGGCGGUGGCGGAUACAGCAGAUGGCAAGCCAUCGUCGUCUUCCACAAAGUCUCUUCAUAUGACGACCUGUUACCACUCGACGAAGCGUCCUUCUCCGUGGAUGCGCUGGUUGCGGAUUCGGAUUCACCCGAACCCCAGGAGCCGUUGUUGCGUAAUGGUAUUACCACGCCGUCCUUGCCCCCUGGGCUCGGAUUGAGUCACGCGCACCCACCGGUACAGUUUGGUGAGAGAAACCCGAGCCCUGUGCCACAGGAUCGGCUGGAUGCAGGUACGGCCACGACGCGACCUGUUACCCCUGCUGUCCCACGACCAGUCACCCCACUUGUACCAAAGUCAGCUGUGAAGUCUACCCCAUUGCGUGGCAAAGAAGAGGCUCCUACCGUCGACAAUGAUGCAAAGAAGAGCAUCAAGGAGCUCGCCACGACAAGUGGACUGGCGAAAGAUAUCGCUGCUCAGGCCUCAAAGACGCCGGUUGGAAAACUACUCCAGGAUGAAGACUUCCCAGCGCUUGAUUCCGUCAAGACAGGCUCACCUUCAAGACAAACGCCUGCUCUUCCGUCUAAACCGAUGCAGAAUGUGAAGACGCCUUCGGCGAAGACGCCCUCCGCGAAGACUGCGAUAGACGUGUCGUCAAGCAAGGCCUCGUCGCAAAAAACACCCAAUAAAUCCGACAAACGUCCGAUGCCGGGCGCGCUUGACAUUGCAGCUGCCACGAAGACAUUGAACCAGUCAGGUGCCUCUGGAUCAACCACAGACACGUCGGAAAAGCCUUCAGCCCAACCUGCAAGCGCUGUGCAGUUGAACAAAAUUCAAGGAGCCUCGGCGUUACCAACGCCUACUCCAACGAGUGCUUCAGUAUCCUCACCAUUCGCCAAGGCUGCUCCCAAGACGCUCCGUCUGGUGCAGACUCCGAAGACCGAAGCACCGCCCAUCAACAUAGCUCCAGCAGCCGUCGCUUCGAUACGCUCCGCUGCGGCGGCUAGUUCAGCACAUCGUCCGGCGACUCCUGCUAGUGAUCUUGUUUCGGAUACGGCUUCGAUUGUUAGCGCCUCCAUCUCAGCCUCCCGGACUAGUUCCCCGCCGCCCUCAAGAGUUGGCUCUGCGGCUGUGCGUGCUACAACGAAGAGUCAGCAACGCAAGCAGCGUAAAGAUGCUUCGAAGGAAGCGGCCGCACAGAUUGCCGAAUCCAAGUCUAUCGAGGAAGAGGUUGAGAUUGCACCCAUCCUUGGGAGGAAGAAGAAGCAGAAGAAGGAGAGGAAGACCGCACCAACGAGCCGUGUACCGAGCAGGCCUGGGACCCCUACAGCCCCCGACUCGCAUGGAGAUGUGUCUACUACAGAGAAGGGCACUACCAUGCCGGCUGCAGACGUGAGCGGUGACCCCGGAGCGUGUGCCGAGGACAUCGUCUGGACAGGAGAGUCGUCCAAGCCCAAGGAGUUGAAAGGCAAGGACUUGAACAGCCCACCUAGGAGCCCAGCUGCAAUCGAUACGUCUAUUAGGUUGAACGAAUCGACGAAGACUACGGUUCUCACCCCUGACUAUGUCAGUCAUACUCCGGAUUCGAUGCAGGUACAGUCGUUAGAGGAGGAUGUCGGCGAAGUUCCCAGCUUGCGUGACAUCUUCAGGGCUCUCGUCCAGGCCGGCGCCCUUCCUGACCCCGAAAAGAUGAAUUUCUUCAAACCUUCGCCGGGCUAUCGGUUCGAAUCAUUUAACAGCACGGCAGUCUCUCUUCCGCCGACCCUCAAAGCGAUCGUUAUGAAGGAAGACGAGGAAAAGCUGAACGCUUUCCAGCCUGUCCGCAAGUCGGUCAACGAUCACCCCGUGCUGCUUACUCCUAACGGGGACUGUCUGCUCAACUUGACUCAGGACGAGGCGGAUCUAUUCCUCGAGCUUCAAGAUCGCUUGAGGGCUGACAGCAUUCGCCCAACCGCCUUCUCGGCACCUCGCUACGCGCCUGCGAAUGGUUUCAGCUUGGUUAAGAACCGCGCAGUACCCAAUGGCACGCCUUCGUUCUUCCCUGGAGGUCCCGAUAACUAUCCCAGCGAUCCCGUGGGCAAAAUGCAUCGAGAAGAGGCGAUCAGCUGCAUCAAUCAGCAUGUUCUCCCUUCGCUGAACCUAGGCAGUUACAAGACCAUGGGUCCCAACUCCAACUUCACCAAGAAUGUAAAUCUGCAGCAGUUGGCGCCUUGGAUCUACCCUUCGGCUGAUAGUGUCGAGGAUCAGAGAAAGAUGUUCUCUGGCCGAGCUGGGGAGGAUUUCGGUGGCGUGGCGGGCGGCCACGCUGCUGACGGCGUGUACGCAAGCUACGACAACCCCGAAGGUGGUGCCUCCCCGGCGAUUGGCAGCACGCCUCUCAUGAGCGUCGAGGACGCCGAGACGGUGUGGUCUCAAUCCAAGAAACAACACGAAGCCCUGGACAAGAAGUUCCGCCAACUUCAGGCGAAGAACCGUCGCUUGGUCGACAUGAAUUGA